AUGAUAGAAAUAACUAUGCAAGGAAACUUCGUUCAAAACACAACGAAUGCAAGCAGUUUAGGGGAUGGAAUGAAGGUAGAAACAUCAUUAUCAGUGUCAAUUUGGAUUCAUCCCUUAAUAUGGGAUUUUUUUGUAACUUUCAACAACACAGUUUGUGGAAAUAUCAUUACGGUUUUUGGAAUUUUCGGAAACAUCAUCAACAUCAUUGUCUUUUACAAGCAGGGCUAUGAGGACAGCGUCAAUAUAACUUUAACUGCUCUGGCUGUCAGUGAUAUCGGGGCGUUGCUCACUGUGUUGAUAUUUAACGAGAUGUUAAACCCCUGGUUUCUGAAAGCUGACCUACCGAUUCUACAAACAGAUUUUAUAUCAAUGUUGGCAUUUUUCCCACACAAUUAUUUCAUCCGUGUGUGUGGGUUGAUCACAGCCUUCGCGUCGUGUGAGAGAUGUCUGUGUGUUUUGGUGCCCCUUAAAGUUAAACAAAUUGUCACCAAAAGAUUUUCCCUUCUUGUCAAUAUUUGUAUCUUCUUUAUCAUGGUGUUAGAUCUUUUCCCUGUGUAUUACGUUGUAUAUUUUGAUUGGAUGUUUAUUCCCCAGUUAAAUAAAUCUAUAAUUGCUUCUCAUUUUCGGCAAAACCCCUACAACAUUUUUAGUAUUUCCUAUUUCGUUACUGAUGUUUUUAUUCCGUAUUUUACAUUUUUCACGAUUAUAUUUUCAAACAUUAUCAUCGCCAUAAAACUAAAAUCUAGAUCAGAAUGGCUAAAUUCUGUUUCACACCAAAACACGAACAAAGAGAAGUUCGUGUCUAACAAGGAGAAAAAAGUUGUCCUGAUGUUGACUGUCGUCUCUGUCAUCUUUAUCGUCUGCCUCAUUCCUCAGUCAGCAAUCCUGACUGCUGUUAGUCAGGUUUCUGGGCUGGGUAACGGUGGAAUCUACUUUGAUCUGGCUUUGUUGUGCUACAGUUUUGCCUACCUGAUGGAGGCUGUGUGUUCUAGCGUCAACAUCCUGGUCUACUACAAGAUGAGCAGUAAAUACAGGGAGACAAUUCGUGGCAUGGGUUUCAUUCUAUGCAAAUUGAAAUUUAAUUAA